UAAGAGUUGAUGGCCGGCUUCGAUCCAUUAUAACACCAGUAAACACCUCCACUGAAGAGAUGCCGUACAAUGAUAUUCUGUGUUGCAUAUGACCGCAGCAAGGACGGACGACACUCUCCAUUGAACGAGAUAUGAAUAUUCCAAAUUCUGAAAAUAAAUAAAUAAGCUGGAUAAAGAAUGUAGUGUCCCAUUUCCAUCGUAGGAGCCACUACCCAUUGCCGAACCAACUCUCUUUCUCUCCAUUUAAAUUCAUUCAUUCUUCAUCCCAUCCAUACACAAAACAAAACAAACAUGGAAACCAUACAGCACAGAACGGUGCCAGUGAAUGGCAUCAACAUGCACGUUGCAGAGAAAGGAGAAGGCCCAGUGCUGCUCUUCCUCCACGGCUUCCCCGAGCUAUGGUACACUUGGCGCCACCAGAUUCUGGCUCUCUCCUCCAAGGGAUACCGCUGCGUGGCGCCAGAUCUCCGUGGCUACGGGGACACCGAUGUUCCAGAGUCGGUGAGCAGCUACACUUGCUUCCACAUAGUGGGAGACAUUGUUGCCCUCAUCGACUCACUUGGAGUGGAUCAAGUGUUCCUGGUGGCUCAUGAUUGGGGCGCCAUGAUUGGUUGGUUCCUCUGCAUGUUCCGCCCGGAGAGAAUCAAAGCAUAUGUAUGCCUCAGCGUGCCUCUCCUGCGAAGACACCCUACCAUAAAAACCGUUGAUGGGAUGCGUUUCUUGUAUGGUGAUGACUACUACAUUUGCAGGUUUCAGGAACCGGGAGAAAUCGAAGGUCAGAUAGCUCAAGUUGGAACACUCAAUGCCAUGAAGAAUAUCCUCACAACCCGCAAGACUGGGCCUCCCAUCCUUCCCAAGGGACAGUUUGGAAAUGGAGUCAAUGAAUCUACCCCUGAGACCUUGCCUUCUUGGCUCACUCAGGACGAUCUCGAUUAUUUUGUCUCCAAAUUCGAGAAAACUGGCUUCACCGGUGGCUUGAACUACUACAGAAAUUUGAACUUGAACUGGGAGUUGACGGCACCAUGGAGUGGAGCGAAGAUCAAAGUGCCGGUGAAAUUCAUAACAGGUGAUAUGGACAUGGUGUACACGUCGCUAGGGAUGAAAGAUUAUAUCGAGAGUGGGCUUUUCAAGGAAGAGGUGCCGAAUUUGGAGGAAGUCAUUAUUCAAGAAGGUGUAGCUCACUUCAACAAUCAAGAGGCAGCAGAGGAUGUCACUAAUCACAUUUACACCUUCAUUACUAAGUUCUAAUAAUAUCAUCAUCAAAUGAAAGCCUUGCUAUGAGCCUAUGUCUACUUGGCGUUACGUUCCUUCUGUUUCAAAUAAGUUAGAGCUCACUGCUCACUGCUCUUUUUGUUUCACUUGUACUCCAUGCAAGUCUUAGAGCAAACCUCCUUUUUUUUCAUUUUUAUAAUAAGCUAAACUUGUCGUAACAAUAAUUCAUUGCAUCUCUUCU